AUGAACCUGACAGAGUUUAAUCAGACUGAUCGCUGUGAACAUUCCUUUUGUUCAGGAAGAUCUGUCUCUCUUGUACUUUAUAUCUUACUGUAUGUGUGUUCAGCUGCUGUGGUUCUGCUAACAGUGUGUGGAAAUCUGCUUGUCAUUGUGUCCAUUUUUCACUUCAAGCAGCUUCACACACCAACAAACACACUUGUGCUCUCUCUGGCUGUGUCAGAUUUCUUUAUUGGUGCUUUUGUAAUGACUCCGAUGUUCACUUGGUCAAUUGAGACAUGCUGGAUAUUUGGGAGAAUUUUUUGCAUUGCUUUUUGGUUAAUUGAUGGUCUUCUCAUAACAAUAUCCAUCUAUAAUAUUGCUCUGAUUGCAAUAGAUCGGUAUUUGGCUCUCUCAAACCCAUCUCUCUAUACAAACACAAUUUCUAGAAGGACUAUGUGCAUUGUUAUUUAUUUUAACUUUCUUGUGUGUUUGAUGUAUAACACAGUAUUUUAUUAUUUUAAUGGAAUCUUUACAAAUUCUGUGAUGUGUCUUGGAGAGUGUUUCAUCUUUUGGAAUGAUGUUUAUUCUGUAAUUGAUCUUAUAUAUUCAUUUGUUUUUCCGCUUUCUGUCAUAAUCAUAUUAUAUACUCAAGUUUUUGUGAUUGCUAAGAAACAUGCCACUGCUAUCAGAGAGCUUAAUAAUCACACACGGCCUAAAACACAGAAAAUCACAUCACACUCGAUGAAAUCUGAGAGAAAAGCAGCGAAAGUCCUCGGCAUUUUAGUGUCUGUGUUUCUGGUGUGUUUACUCCCAUAUUUUAUCUACAGUUUAUUAGGAGAUGUUAUUGAACUACAGGCAGACACUAGUCAUACAUUGUUAAUUAUGCUGUACCUUAAUUCAACCAUUAAUCCAUUUAUUUAUGCUAUGUUUUACCCAUGGUUUAGAAAGUGCAUUAAAUUAAUUAUAACUUUGCAAAUAUUCAAAACAGACUCUGCAUUAAUAAAUGUUCUUUCAUAA